GCAGGAGGAGACGUGCCGGUCUCCUCUCCGCUGUAAUGACAAGCCCUCACAGCCACUCUCUCCAACUCCUCUGAAACAACCCUCAGCCUCCAGGAUUUUCCUCCGCCGCUUCCCCUCUUCCUUUUUCUUUUCAGUUGCACCUUAUUUCAUUUUACUUUCAUUUAUUUUACUUUAUCUAACCUCUCAACCACCCCCCUCCACAGAGAUGUCAACAGAUAAUGAAGAUCCCCUGCCUCUGGUGACUUGAAUCCUCCCUGCUUCAGAGAACUGAACAUUCUCAUUUUCCGCCCCCCAUUUUUUUCUCUCCAAUUUUCUUUUUUGGACGUUCAUCUGCCGUUCAGCAAUGUAGGAGAAGUGACGGCGUCAUUUCAGCAAUGAGGAUGCCAACUGCAUGCCCCGAUUUCGGCUCUCGGCAUCUUGCAUCUUUGCCUUUUCUGCUGGGGCGACUGAAAAAUGAACGAUUUGCGUGAAGGCAAAGUUUGAGGGUACCUCUUUCGGUUUCCCGCUCACCUGUCCGCCUGCACGCGCCUACCCCCUCUCUCUCCUCUCGGCUGGUGAGCAGGGAGAGCAAAUCAUCGCCAACAGAAGAACUGACGGACAACUUCAAAGAGACCCGACAAUUGUUUUGCAAUUGCCGACUUUGGUGGAAAAACCCAUCCAAAUGGGAGGAUACCUGGAGGACUGAGUCGGUUUUCGACAGUCGAGAGAGAGAGAGAAAAAAAAUGUGGAUAAAACGGAGUGUCGCGCGCAGUCCGUCUGCUUUGAAGCCAGGCAGCUGUGUGGGGCAUCGGGUGUGGAUCCUGCUAGCCAUGACUCACCUUACCUUGGACUUUUCUGUGUGCAGCCCUCUCAGUCAAGGUCUGGGGAUCAAACUCACGCCUAAACCGGUGCCUCGCUCACGGCCUCGCUUGCAGCCCCUCUGGGAUAAGCCUAACAUGCUUCACUGGAGAACAGUGAGCCCGUUAGCCCACCGGCUCCUCAGCCCUGUUCCUCCGCCCCAAGACAGCAGGGCAGGAAUAGUGCCAAAAGUUAAAGGUCAAAAGCAUUGGAAGCCAGCACACAAAGGACAAGCAGCGUGCAAGAAUUGCCGGCUGAGAUACUCUCAAAAAGAGACGGGCGAUCCUUUGGCUGUAAUAGCAAAAGCUCCAGUUGCUUUAUCAAGCGGGAGGUUGUUAAUUAGAACCAGGAGGCAGCUCAAAUGGGACAGCUAUGACAAGUCUCAGGAGGGCCGGACUACAACAGUGGCUGGAUUUAUUGACUGGGGACCCACGGGGACUGAUAGCAUAGAUGAGGAUGGCAAAAUGGAGCCAAACUUAACGUCCACCAGGGCUGCAACUACUACAGUGGCCACAACCACUAGCACUACAACCAGGCUCUCCCAAAGGACGUUCACUGUGGUGACCACAACAGAGUCCAAGAGCACCACCAAGUCCUCUAUGAGCAACACGGAGUCUGUCAAACCACCAAAGCUAGACCCACCAGGGGACACACCAGGUUUGGCAGUUCACCAGAUAAUCACAAUCACUGUGUCUCUCAUUAUGGUUAUCGCGGCCUUGAUCACAACACUCGUCCUUAAAAACUGCUGUGCGCAGUCUGGAAAUGGUCGCCACAAUAGCCAUCAGCGAAAGAUCCACCAGCAAGAAGAAAGCUGCCAAAACCUGACAGACUUCACCCCAGCUCGGGUGCCCAGCAAGGUGGACAUAUUCACUGCCUACAACGACAGCCUGCAGUGCUCGCACGAGUGCGUUCGGACUGCCGUACCCAUCUACACUGAUGAGAUGAUCCAGCAGACGCCUGUCUACAAGACUGCUUAUAACGGAAACAGGCCCUCACCAACUGAAAGACAACUGAUUCCUGUGGCCUUUGUGUCAGAGAAGUGGUUUGAGAUCUCAUGUUGACGAGCUGAAGGCCUUGUUCAUGUUCUGUGGGUGGAAGAGACUUCCUGAAUUCACGCUUUGGAUCCAGUUGGAAACAAGAAACACAAAAAAACAGCUUCUUUUGUAAAAUAGCGUGAUCUUUGGACACUGGUGAAGAUAUUUAUUUUUCUAGAGUUGACAAGCAGCAGCCAUAGCGCUGCGAAAACCAUAUUUCCAAGAACCUACGGUCAUUUAGAUAUAGAUUAUAUAUAAAUAUAUUUACAGGAUGUAUGGAACUAGACUGUGGACGUCGCGGAUGUCUCAAGGAAAACAUUAGCCCUAUCACAGAGGAACUCAAGGAGCUUCUUCGGGAGGAAGAUGAACUGUAUUUCUGAACAAUGUGCCAAUAAUGCCACUAUGUGCCACAACCUGGAUGGACAGAAGUUUCAAAAACGACUGAUGGACUAAAAAACAAGCCGACAAAAAAAGAGCGUUAUAUUAACCCUGUAUCAACUGCAGUUACAUUUUUUUCUU